AUGAAGUACGUGUGCGUUUUUUCCUUAACUAUUAUCCUUUGCUGCCUGUCAGUUGGAGCGCAGCGUCUAAAUUGCAGCAGGAUUCGUGAAAAUUGUCGUCCUUGUACGCGACGUUUAGUAGAUCCCAUUAACAAUCUGGAGUUUAUAAAUAGAGAUUGCAGGGAAAAAGUGAGGGAACGUUGGAUUUGGCGAGACGUUAGACGUUGUGAUAUGCAAAUUGUUGCGUGCGAAAAUCAUGAGAGCAGAUUGGAUUGCGAGAAUGUGGCUAGGAUAACUGGAAUGAGACGAAUACGUUAA